AUGGGAAGAUACUCCGUGAAGAGAUACAAGACCAAGAGAAGAACGAGGGACUUGGACCUCAUCUACGACGACCUGAGCUCGCGCGAGUCGAUCAUGAAGCUCAAGAACCAGGAACUCGAUGAGACCAAGCCUGGCAUGGGUCAGUUCUACUGCAUCCACUGUGCUAAGCAUUUCGAGAACGAGCAUGCGAUACGAGGCCACUACAAGUCGAAGGUGCACAAGAGAAGACUCAAGGAGCUGAAGUUUAAGCCGUAUACUCCGCUGGAGAGUGAAGCUGCCUCCGGGCUGAACGUGAACAAGUUCUUGGAGAGCGUAGAGAAGGCCAAGCAGAGACAGGCAAUGGAGCAGGAGCACAAGCAGGAGCUGACGGAGCUGGUUGAGACUAACAACCCGAAGGGGAUCAUGCUGGAGUCGACGAGCGAGGAAGCACUCGAGGAGAAGGAAGUGGUGAUGGCUGAUUGA